AUGAAAGUUGUUGGUGCUUCAUUUUCUCAUUUAGGGCUAGGUAAUAGUGAUAAAUCAUCAUCAUCUGUAAAUCUGCCAUCAACAAGCAAUUCGAUCAAAUCUUCCAAACCCAAAAUUAAACCUAUAGGAAGAAAUUCAUCAUUCAAGAUAGAAUCACCAUCCUCCACACCUAGACAUUCUGAUCAGUAUACAGAUUUGGAUGAUGAUUGGGACGCAGAUGUUGGACAAGGGCUAUCAUCAACAGAAUCACAACCAAAAUUUUUGCAAAGUAAACCAUCUCGUUCAUUUGAUUAUCCAAGUUUAUCAAAAUCCAAUCAUAAGCGCAGUGAAUCAGGUGUUAAGAAGCAUGUGGACGGUAUUAUCAAAGAUCCAGCCAAUUCGUUAUAUACAUUAUAUGGACCAAAUAUAACACAAGAGGAUAAAUCCAUCAAAGAAAUUGAAGAAUUGAAUGCUAUUGUGUCAAAAUUCAACAGAUUCAAAGCUAUUAUACAAGAUCAAAAUAUUAACUUAGUCAGUUUAAGAAAAAUGGCAUGGAAUGGUAUACCUUCAGAACUUAGACCUAUAAGUUGGCAAUUACUACUCGGUUAUCUACCAACAAACUCAGAUAGAAGAGUUACACAAUUAUCGAAAAAAAGGCAGGAAUACUUGGGUGGUAUUAGUCAAGUUUUCAAUGAUAAUAAAGAGCCUGCAACUUGGCAUCAGAUAGAAAUAGAUAUACCGAGAACAAAUCCACACAUAAAACUUUAUAAUUAUGAGUGCACUCAACGAUCAUUGGAGAGAAUUCUUUACCUUUGGGCUGUUAGACACCCGGCAUCUGGUUAUGUUCAGGGUAUUAAUGAUCUUGCAACCCCGUUUUUUCAAACAUUCUUAAGCUCUUAUGUUGAAAGUGAUAUUGAUAUUGAAACAUUCGAUCCAAAGGUAUUACCUAAACAAGUUUUGGAUGCCGUCGAAGCUGAUACUUUUUGGUGUUUGACAAAGCUCUUAGACGGUAUACAGGAUAAUUAUAUCCAUGCCCAGCCUGGUAUUAUAAGACAAGUUAAUACUUUGAAAGAUCUGAUCAAUAGAAUUGACUCUAGUCUAUAUACACAUUUGGAAAAUGAAAGUAUAGAGUUCAUACAGUUUUCCUUUAGAUGGAUGAAUUGUUUAUUGAUGAGAGAAAUCAGUGUUAAAAACACCAUUAGAAUGUGGGACACCUACCUUAGUGAAACAAAUGGAUUUAGUGAGUUUCAUAUCUAUGUGUGUGCAGCAUUCUUAGUUAAAUGGAGUGAUGAACUAAAAGCUAUGGAUUUCCAAGAAAUAAUGAUGUUUUUACAAAAUCCACCAACAAAGACAUGGACGGAGAAAGAUAUUGAACUGCUUUUGAGUGAGGCUUUCAUUUGGCAAAGUUUAUAUAAAAAUGCAUCUGCUCAUUUGAGAGCAUAA